CGCUGCAGGAGGCUAAAGAUAUUUGCGAGGGGCAUGUCAACAGCCUUGGGGGCAGCAUCAAUAAGGCUGGAGACUUCCUUGAAGCACACUACAUGAACUUGAAGAGACCAUAUGCUGUGGCCAUUGCUGGCUAUGCCCUGGCCCAGUUGGGCAAGCUGGAGGGCCCUCUCCUCGACACAUUUCUGAAAACAGCCACAGAUAAGAACCGCUGGGAGGAGCCUGGCAAAAGGCUCUACAAUGUGGAGGCCACAUCCUAUGCCCUGUUGGCUCUGCUGCUGCUCAAAGACUUUGACUCUAUACCUCCUGUUGUGCGCUGGCUCAACGAGCAGAGAUACUACGGAGGUGGCUAUGGCUCCACCCAGGCAAGUGGUCCCACAUCCCCCAGGCAAAUGCAUCCUUACCUCCUCCAGCCUGACUGCCUCCCAAUUAAGAUGCUGAGACCAAGAGAGGCAGUUGAUUGCAAUGAAGUUGAGAAAUCAGGUUUUGGGUUUUGUUGCAAAUCUGUCUAUGGAUUCUACACUAAAUUCUGGAUGCCUCAAGCUGCAUUUUGA